AUGGAAACUCAGGCCCAGGGGGAGCAAGUGACCGGCCGGAGACGCCCGCUAAAAGUGGGCGCAGUGCUUUCUGGUCCACCCAGUGUCUGCCCACACGCCACCUCCUUCGCGCUCAUUAAGUGGGCCCUGAAAGCGAAGCAGGUCCCAGGGUCCCUGGCCCAGCCUGCCUGGCCUCCCGGCCCCAGGCCGCGGCCAACAUCUGACAAACAUCAGCCUCCGCACGGCGGCCACAGGCUGCGAGGAGGGGCCGCCCCGGCCUCUGAGCUGCUCGCCGGAGACGCCCCAAGUUUCUUCUUUGUUCUUCUGGAACCAGGCUCAAGCCAAACCCCUCCAUCCCGCGGGGAAUCUGGAGCUGAUCUCGCCCAGGAACUAGGUGGGAAGCCGAGCCGCCCCGGUUCUCAGCAUUUCCUCCUCCCGAAACACCAGGCGUCUCCCUCCAGUUCCAAAAAUCUGCAGAGGGAGGGACCUCACAGCCACCGACACCCCAUCAAGAGCCAGAAACUCGCCGACGUGUGCACAGCAAUGCUGAGAGCUGCCUGCUACGGUCCCAUUUCACAGAUGGAGAAACGGCCCUGCCUAAGCUGGGGAACUGCCCAAGGGCACCACCCAUUCCGUCUGCAAGCCGUCCUCCAGCACAUUUUAAAAAGGAAGAAAGUGACCGUCUACGGGAAAUGGAAGGCCAGAGUCACCAGCCGAAGAAAGAAGGAGAGUGAACCAGGACUGUUACCACGGGCCUCGCCCACAGACGACACGGCGUCUCCUCGCGGCCCGGGCUCGGGGGUGGCCGGGUUCAUCAAGCUGCCUCUGAAGUGGUGGAGAUGUCCCCGUCCCCAUCCCCACGGUGACAGUGAAUCCCUCAUGCAGGGAAGCCACUGUUACUCAGAUAAUUAAUUGCCACUCGGACGUGACAGAGACCACCGUGGGGAUGUGCGGGGUGUACUGGGGGGCGUGGAAACCGAGCAGCGGCAAGGAGGAGAGGCCGGGGUGCGGAGGGCUUCCUGGAGGAGGGGACGCCCUGCCUCCUCCCUGCCGCCCACUAGCCCUAACCGGCCCACCCUGCCGGCGCCUCUUUCCCUGGCCCCUGCGCCCGCCCCCCCCCCAGUCCUGC